AUGCCUCUCUUCUCCAAACUUGCCACCGGCGCUGUGGGAGCCAUCCACGUCUACAUCGUCGUCCUCGAAAUGUUCCUCUGGGACACCCCCCGCGGCCACAAGGCCUUCAAACUGGCCCCCGAUUUUGCCACCAAGACGAAAGUGCUGGCGGCCAACCAGGGCCUCUAUAACGGCUUCCUGGCCGCAGGGCUCUUCUGGGGGCUUGGGCACCCGGUGGAGGAGUUUGCGGCGCAAAUCAGGCUGUUUUUCCUGGGGUGCGUGGGAGUGGCUGGCGUCUAUGGUGCGGCGACGGCGAGCAGGAAGAUUUUGUUUGUUCAGGCUGUGCCGGCCGCGGUGUCUAUUGCGGCCAUGAUGCUCGGCUUUUGA